UUUCAAUUCAAAAUGUGUGUACAAACAUAUUAACAAUUUUGGCUUUACCUAUACGCAUAAUGUUUGUGUAUGUGAUUAUUUUCACCUUUUCUGUGUUUUUGAUUUUAUAAUUCAUUAGUCUGCACAUCAUUGACCGAAACGCUGGCAUUUUAUUAUUUUUUGUUAAUAAUUUUAUCCCUUCAAAUCAGAAUGUAGGUCAAGAUACAUCACCCACAGCCAGUAAAUAGGUGUGCUCAUCAUCAGGUCAAGAUACAUCGCCCACAGCUGGUCAAGAGGUGUGCUCAUCAGGAGGUCAAGAUUCAUCACCCACAGCCAGUCAAGAGGUUCGGUCUUCAGCACGUAAAGAAACAUCACCCACAGUCAGUCAAGAGGUUUGGCCAUCAGAACGUCAAGAUACAUUACCCACAGCCAGUCAAGAGGUUUGCUCAUCGGCAGGUCAAGAUACAUCACCCACAGCUAGUCAAGAGGUUUGGCCAUCAGCACAUAAAGAUACAUCCCCUACAGCCAGUCAAGAGGUUUGCUCAUCAGAACGUCAAGAUACAUCACACACAGUCAGUCAGGAGGUGAACCUUAGGAAACAACUGCAACAUUGAGCCAGGUGAUAAACUUGAAACCAAACAAGCUACAAUGGCUGUGUAGCCACCUGGGUCAUACAACGAGAGUGCGCUUGGACCACUACAGGCAAAUGUCUAGCUUCAUUGAAAGAGUCAAAAUCAGCAAAGUAUUGCUGAUGCAAGACAUGGACCUUACAGAAAAGUUUGUAGGAAAGAGCCUUGAUGAAAUUGGGAGCAUUCCUUUUGAAGACAUUUUAACAUCUGGUCCAGAGACAUGUUGUAAUGAAAAUAGAGCAGAAAGUCAAGCAGAAGUCGAUGCUGAGCACACAAGUCUUGAUGCCCCAGAUGGCUAUGGAAGCAUGGACGAAGAUGACCACACUAUAUCAAAUGGAGAUGAAGAGGAAUUUGAGGGAAAGAGAAAAAGGAAGCCCCCCCAAAAAGGCUGCAAACGUCAGAAAUUCACAGAGGUAGAAACGGAGGAAAUAAAAACUUACUUUAGUGAAUAUCUAAAAAGUGGAAUUUGUCUGCGGAAACAGCAGGUUGAAGAUGCCAAACAGAAAAGUCGUAAGAAAACUGGGAAAAUAUGGAAAAGGUCAAACGACAAGAUAAUUAAGAAAAUAAGUGCAAUGAAUCAUAAGAAAAAAUAAAAACAUGUUGUUUACUACCGGUACUCGGAUGGAACAUUAUAAGAAUACCUUCGAGGGACAUUGAAAAGUUCAUGCAACAGUGACUUGGCAAAUAUGGGUGAUGUUUGUAUGCAAGUGGUAAUUUUUGUGUGUGCAUUUUAUUUGUUGAAUUGAAACUUUACUAUGUAUAUGUCUAAAGGUGGAAAAGAAUCUGGUAUAUUAUCAAACGUUAAAAAUGCUAAUA